UUUUUUUUUUUUUUUUUAAUCUUUGCUUUUUGAAAAUCCAGAAAUAGAUUUCUUUUAAAUUAAAAUUUAUUUAUUUAUUUAUUUAUUUUUGAGACAGGGUCUUCUUGCUCUGUCACCCAGGCUGCAGUGUACUGCAGCCUCAAACUCCUGGGCUCAAGCGAUCCACCUCAGCCUCCUGAAUAACUGGACUUAAGGCACAUGCUGCCGGACCCAGUUAAUUUUUAAAUUUUCUGUAGAGUGGGGUUUCACUGUGUUGCUCAGGCUGGUCUUAAACUUCUGGCUUGGAACUCCUGACCUUAAGUGAUACUCUCACCUUGACCUCCCAAAGUCCUGGGAUUAUUGGCAUGAGCCACUGUGCCCAGCCCUUUUCAGUUCUUCAAGUCUUAUUCAGAUUCAGUGUUUUAAAAUUCUUCUCAAAUAGGUGUUGCACAUUUGUAACAUAUUAUUUUUCUUGUUGCUACUACAAAUCGGAGCUCUCUCCUUCCAUGUUUCUAACCUAUUUGUAUAAUAGGAAGGCAGUUAUUGAUUUUAACUUUGUAUGUCCCCGGCUUACUGAGUUCUCUCAUUGUUUAUGAUAGUUUUCAGGUUGAUCUCUUGGGUUUUCCAGGUCUACCUGCACCAUCAUUUCUUUGCAUUAUGGAGAAAAUGCAAGUUGAUUCUGUCUUUGUUGUGAGUACACUGUGGUGUCAGGUGGAGGUUGUAGAGUAUGUAUCUUUAGGGAAGUUGCCGACAGUGGUCUCUCCUAUAGGCGGUGAAGGAUUGCCUUUAUUAGCUCUCCAAACCCCUUCCAGCUCACGUGCCUGCUUAGCAUAUCCAAGGGUAGGGGUCUCGGGCCAGUCUGUCAGUGCCAAUUUGCUCACGAUCCCCUCAAGUCUUGCUUUACCCACAGACCUCCCUAUCUGAGACAGCAGCAACUGAUUGAACCUGGAAAACUUGAACUUAUUUUGGCUUGUGUCUGUAGACACUUUGUCCAGUCUGUUGCAGUCCUUCACAGAUGCUUUUGAGAGUCCAGCCACAUGCCAUUGCUACUGGUGCUAUUGCCCAGGUCUGAGCCUUUGUUGUUGUUGUUUUCCUGAAUAUAAGGCUAGAUAAUUGAGCGUUUGUGAUCUCUUGUCUAUUCUUAGCCUGGCAGCCGAUAACAUAGACAGGCCUGUCACCCUGCACCCAGGGCCCUUUCAUGGCUACCCCAUCCUCUAGAAUAAGAACAGCCAGAACCUUUUUUUAAAAAAUCUUUUUUAUUUUUAUUUUUUUUUCUCUUCCUUUUCCUCCCCAAAGCCUUAGUCUUUUGUGGCCUAUAAAGUUCAAUCUUCUCUAGCUUCUCCUGCUGCCUUCUCCUACUCACUGAUCACUCUCUUGCUCAAGCCACUCGGGCCUCCCUGUUGGUCCCUGGGUAUGUUAGGGCCUUUGCCCCGGCUAUGCCUGCAGCAGUCUUCCCCUGGUAGUCAUAUAGCUCCUGCCUUCACCUCCUUCCAAACCAGUACUAACAUGGCCCUUUCUCCAGCCAACCUGCUCUGCCCUCCCCACCACGAUUCUCAGCACACCUGACCUUGACCUGUGCCUUGUUUUCUCUGUAGCACUUAACAUCUUCUAGCAUAGCCUUUUAAAUUUUUAUUUAUUUAUUUAUUUAUUUAUUUUGAGACAGAGUCUCAUUCCAUUGCCCAGGUUGGAGUUCAGUGACAGGAUCACGGCUCACUGCAGCCUCAACCUCCUGUGCUCAAGUGAUCCUCCCACCUCAGCCUCCCCAGUAGCUGGGGCUACAAGUCCUACACUUCUUAAAUAUAGGGGAUAUUGUUGAUUACCAAUAUCCCCUUGCCUUGUUGAAUUGUAAACCAAGAGCAGAACCUUUGUGUCCUCAUUAAUGUAUCCUAAAUUCCUAGAAAGAUUCCUAGCAAUAAAUAUGUGGAUAAAUUCAAGAGAACAAUAAAUAUGUGGAUAAAUCUACAAUAAAUAAUAAAUAAUAAGUCCACAAUAAAUAUGUAGAUAAAUCCAAGAGAACUUUGCUUAAGAUGUAUGUAAGUCUCUUUGGAUCCUUGUAGCACAUCUGAGGCAUGUGUGUCAGGGAUGAUCAGCCUCAUUUUAUAGAUUAGUAUAUGUGUGUUUGUAGUGUUUUUUGUUUGUUUAGUGUUUGUGCAGUGAGUGUUCCCCUCUCUCUCCAACCUAAUGGUAAUGUAAGCUCUUGGAGGAUUAAGGCUGUGUUUUAAAGCCCUAUUUUCCAUUGUAUGGGGAACCUUACACAGUACUAACCGUUUUGUCUUCUAGUUCUUUGACACUAUAGUAUGUAAUAAAUUGUAGUUAACCAUAUUCACCCUACAGAAUUGCAGGGCACCAGAACUCAUUCCUCCUAUCUAGCUGUAAUUUUGUAUCUUUUUUUUUUUUUUUUUUUUUUUGAGACAGAGUCUCGCUGUGUCACCCAGGCUAGAGUGCCAUGGCGCAAUCUCGGCUCACUGCAAUCUCCGCCUCCCGAGUCAAGCAAUUCUCCUACCUCAGCCUCCUAAGUAGCUGGGAUUACAGGCAUGUGCCACCACGCGCAGCUAAUUUUUGUAUUUUUAGCAGAGACGGGGUUUCACCAUGUUGGUCAGGCUGGUCUCAAACUCCUGACCAUGUGAGCCACCGCGCCUGGUGUAAUUUUGUAUCUUAACCAACUUCUCCCUAUCCUCCCCUCUCCCAUGCAUUCCAGUCUCUAAUAACCACAAUUCUACUCUAUACUUCCAUUCACUCAGUUUUUUUCUUAGCUCCCACAUGUGAAUGAGAACAUGUAAUAUUUGUCUUUUUGUUCCUGACUUAAGGUUCUCCAGGCUCAUCUGUGUUGCCACACAGGAUAUGAUUCCAUUCUUUUUUAUGGUUAAAUAGUAUUCCUGUACAUGUAUACCAUAUGUUCUUUAUCAGUUUGUAUGUUGAUAGACAGUUACAUUGAUUCCCUAUCUUGGCUAUUGUGAAUGGUGCGAUAUUAAACAUGGGUGCAGAUAUUCCUUUGACACACAAAUUUCCUUUCUUUUGGACAAAUAGUAGUGGGAUUGCUGAAUCACAUGCUAGUUUUAUUUUUAGUUUUUGAGAAACAUCCAUAAAGGUUUUCCAUAAAGGUUGUACUAACUUACAUUCCCACAGUGUAUAAGAAUUUCCCUUACUCCACAUCCUUACCAGCAUUGGUUUUAGUUUGUUUGUUUGUUUGUUUUUUGAGACAGAGUCUCGCCAUGUCAUCCAGGCUGGAGCGCAGUGCCAUGAUCUCACCUCACUGCAACCUCUGCCUCCUGGGUUCAAGGGAUUCUCAUGCCUCAGCCUCCUGAGUAGCUGGGACUACAGGUGUGUGCCACCACGCCCAGCUAAUUUUUAUAUUUUUAUAGAGACAGGGUUUUGCCAUGCCGGCAAGGCUGGUCUUGAACUCCUGGACUCAAACAAUCCACCCACCUUGGCCUCCAGAAGUACUGAGAUUACAGGUGUGAGCCACUGAGCCUGGCCUGGUUUUUUUGAUAAUAGCCACUCUAACUGGGAUAUCAUAUCUUUUUUUAUGAUUUUGAUUUGCAUUUCCUUGAUGAUUAGGGAUGUUGAGCAUUUUUUCGUUUAUUUCUUGGCCAUAUAUAUGUCUUUUGAGAGAUGCCUGUUUGAUCCUUUGCCUACUUUUCAGUCAAAUUAUUAUUAUUUUUUGCUAUUGAGUUAUUUGAGUUCCUUGUAUACUCUAGAUAUCAGUCCUUAUUGGAUGAAUAAUGUACAAAUAUUUUCCCCCAUUCUAUAGGUUGUCUCUUCACUCUGUUGGCUGUUUCCUUUGCUGUGCAGAAGCCUUUUAGUUUGACAUAGUCCCUUUGUCUAUGUUUUUUUUUGUUUAAAUUUGAGACAGAGUCUUUCUCUGUCACCCAGGCUGGAGUGCAGUGGUGUGAUCACAGCUUACUCAGGUUCAACCUCCUGGCCUCAAGCAAUUUCCCCACCUCAGCCUCUCAAGUAGCUGGGACUACAGGCGUGAGCCACCAUGGUUGGCUGAUUGUUCCAAUUUUUUGUAGAGGUGAAGUCUCCUUCUGUUGCCUAGGCUUGUUCUCAAACUCCUAGCUCAAGCGAUCCUCCUGCCUCAGCCUUCCAAAGUGCCAUAAUUACAUUCAUGAGCCACCAAGCCCGGCCACAGAGUUGUCAUUAUUGAUUUCUAGUUUUAUUCCCUUGUGAUCUAAGAAGACAUUUGAUAUGAUUUUGAUUUUUAAAAAAUUUUUUGGCCAGGCACAGUGGCUCACACCUGUAAUUACAGCACUUUGGGAGACCAAGACAGGUAGAUUGCUUGAGUCCAGGAGUUUGACACCAGCCUGGGUAACAUAGCAAAACCCCAUCUCUAAAAAAAAUAAAAAAAUAAUAAUAAUUAGCUGGGCAUGGUGGCAUGCACCUGUAGUUAGUUCAGCUACUUGGGAGGCUGAGGUGGGAGGAUUGCUUGAGCCCUGGUGGUGGAGGUUACAGUGAGCUCAGAUGGUGCUACUGCACAUCAGCCUGGGCAACAGAACGAGAGUGUCUCAAAAAAUUAAAUAAAAAUUUUAAAAAUUUGUUGAUUUGUUUUGUGGCCACUACAUGGAUCUAUCCUGGAGAGUGUUCUGUGUGCUGGUGAGAAGAAUGUAUAUUUUGAAGCUUUUAGAUAAAAUGUUCUGUAAAUGUCUGGGUCUAUUUGGUCUAUAGUGCAGUUAAGUCUGAUGUUGCUUUGUUGAUUUUCUGCCUAGAUGAUUUGCGGUGCUGAAAAUUGGUAUUGAAUUCUCCAACUAUUAUCGUAUUGGCGUUUCUCUCUUUAGCUCUAAUAUUUGUUUUAUAUAUCUGGGUGCUACACUAUUAGAUGCAUAUAUAUUUAUAAUUGUUAUAUCCUCUUGCUGAAUUGAUCCCUUUAUCAUUAUAUAAUGACCUUCUUUGUCUUUGUUUUUCCAUGUAAAGUCUAUUUUGUCUAAGUAUAGCUACUCCUGCAUGCUUUUGGUUUCCAUUUGCAUGGAAUUUUUUUUUUCCAUCCCUUUACUUUCUUUUCUUUUUGUAUGAGAUGGAGUCUCACUGUCACCCAGGCUGGAGUGCAGUGGUGUGAUCUCAGCUUAGUGCAACCUCCGCCUCCCGGGUUCAAGCAAUUCUCCUGCCUCAGCCUCCCAAGUAGCUGGGAUUAGAGGCAUGCGCCACCACACCCGUCUAAUUUUUGUAUUUUUAGUAGAGAUGGGGUUUCACCAUGUUGGCCAGGCUGGUCUUGAACUCCUGACCUCAAGUGAUCCUCCCACCUUGGCCUCCCAAAGUGCUGGGAUUAUAGGCGUGAGCCACUGCACCCAGCCUUUUUGUCCUUUUACUUUCAGUCUGUAUGUGUCUUUAUAGGUGAAGUGAGUUUCUUGUAGACAACAUAGAGUUGGGUCUCAUUUUAAUCCGUUUAGUUGGAGCACAAUGGUACAGUCACUGCCUACUGUAGCCUGGAUGUCCCAGGCUCAAGCAGUCCUCCUACCUCAGCCUCCUGAGUAGCUGGGACUACAGGUGCAUGCACCAUGCCCAGAUAAUUUUUUUAUUUUAUUUUACUUAAAAAAAUACAUAUUUUUUUCGAGACAGAAUCAUUAUCUUCUAGGCUCAAGUGCAACAGUGCAGCCAUGGUUCACUGCAGCCUUGACCUUCCAAGGGCUCAGGUGAUCCUCUCACCUCAGCCUCCUGAGUAGCUGGGACUAUAGCCUGCCACCACACCUGGCUUUUUUAUUAUUAUUAUUUUUGGAGAGAUGACAUCUUGCUAUGUUGUCCAGGCCACUCUCAAACUCCUGGAAUGAAGGGAUCCUCCCACAUUGGCCUCCCAAAAGUGCUGGGAUUAUAGGUGUGAACCAUCAUACCUAGCUUUAUUUUAUUUUUUUGUAGAGAUAGGGGUCUCGUUCACUUGCCCAGGCUGGAAUGUCCGGUUUUACUUUCCUGUUUUUUCUUGGUGGCAGAUACCAUUUGUUUGCUUUCGGAUAUAACAUUCCCCUAAACAGUUAUUGUAGGCCGAGUCUAGUGGUGAUGCAUUCCCUCAGUUUUUACUUGUCUGGGAAACACUUUAUUUCUCCUUUUCUUCUUCAGGGAGUUGUAAUUUUUCUUAAACAUGUGGUCACUCUCUAGAGGUGGGACACCCCCACCCCAUUUUUGGCUUAGAUCUUCUCGUAUGUUGAAUUGUGUCCCCCUAGAAGGAAUGUUGAAGUCCUAACCCCCAGUGCCUGUGAUUGUGAUCUUUUUUGGAGAUAGGGUGUGAUUUCUAAAAACUUAUGUGUGAUUAGUUAAAAUGAGUUCACAGUGGAUUAGGGUGGGUUCACAUAUAAUAAGACUGAUAUUCUUACAAGAAGUGGAGAAGAGACCCAGAGGGGAGAAAGCCAUGUGAAGACAGAGGUGGAAGUUGGUGUAGCUGUCAAGCCACACAUACACUGUAUUAGUUUCCUGUGGUUCCUGUCAAAGGUACCACAAACUGGUGAGUUAAAAAAAAAAAAUUGGGGCCGUUCACGGUGGCUCAUGCCUGUAAUCCCAGUACUUUGGGAGGCCGAGGUGGGCAGAUCAUGAGGUCAGGAGGCUGAGGCAGGAGAAUCGCUUGAACCUGGGAGGCACAGGUUGCAGUGAGCCGAGAUUGCGCCACUGCACUCCAGCCUAGGCAACAGAGUGAGACUCCGUCUCAAAAAAAAAAAAAAAUUGGCUGGGCGCAGUGGCUCACACCUGUAUUCCCCACACUUUGGGAAGCCAAGGCAGGAGGAUUGCAUCAGCCCAGGAGUUUGAGACCAGCCUGGGCUACAUAGCGAAACCCUGUCUCUAUAAAAAAUACAAAAAAUAGGCUGGGCAUAGUGGCUUAUACCUGUAAUCCCAGCACUUUGGGAGGCCAAGGCAGGCCUGAUCAUGAGGUCAGGAGUUUGAGACCAGCCUGGCCAACAUGGUGAAACCUCAUCUCUACUAAAAAUACAAAAAUUAGCUGGGCAUGGUGGCACACGGCUGUAAUCCCAGCUACUCAGGAGGCUGAGGCAGGGGAAUUGCUUGAAGCUGGGGGCGUAGGUAGCAGUGAGCCGAGAUCGCGCCACUGCACUCCAGCCUGGGAGACAGAACAAGACUCUGUCUCGGGGGGAAAAAAAUACAAAAAGUAGCCAGGCGUGGUAGCACAUGCUGUAAUCCCAGCUACUUGGAUGGCUGAGGCAUAAGAAUCACAAGUAUGAAAUUGACGUUGCAAGAAAGCAGUGGGCAAGUCAGCAAGAAGGGAGCUGACUGUGAGGAGACAAAGGCUUGCUGUGGAUUUUAUAGGAUGGUGCUUGUGCUGUUUUCUGGAGAGAGCUAUGUGCAGUACUGAUAACGCCAAGGUUGCAGUGAGCUAAUUUGCAUUUUUCUAUCAGCCGAGGGUCUGAUGAUAGCUGGGCACAGGAAGAUUGUGACUUAUUUACGCAGGAGGAUUAUGUGUCCUGGACCAUGAAGAAAGGCAGACUUACAGCUUAUGUGCUUUCUCUUUGCUUUCCCUUGGUCCCACCAGCCUGACUCCUUUUCCCUAAUUAGGACUCCACAUUUAAAAAUAUAUUGUUGAUUAUAAUACAGUGAGUAAUUGUACCUGUAUUUGUCUAGUGCUCACCUUGUUCAGAAUUGUUUUCCUAUGCCAUCUUGUUUUACGGGCACCACCCAGCAGAGGUACCAGUUUUGUUGCUAGAAAUUAGUGAUUGAUCUGGAGCAAAACUUGGGUUCUGCCCACGUGGUUUGCCCUAUCUAUUCUGGGCAUGGAUGGACUGUCCAGGGAGUGCCAUAUUCUGAGGUAGGUCAACAGAAAAACAAAGGUGUGACUUCUCCUAGUUGGUAAUUACUUGUGUGCUGAACACCCAGGUCUGCUAAAUCAGAAUCUCCAAGUUUUAGCAGAAAAGCUCCUAAGAUAAUUCUGCUGGGCAGUUAGAAAAAAAAGAAGGAAACGACAAAGGAAAAAUGAGAAGACAAGGAAAGUUAACCCCGCACUGUCUUCUGUGACUAGACGGUCAGCAAGACAGAUGGCCUCCAGAAUGAGCAGUGGGCCAUCAGCAGACCUGCUGGAAGUAGGGUUCAGCCACAUGCCAUUUAUGGCACGGCUGCCCUGGUGUUGGUCAGGGACUUGAUUCUUUCUGCCAGACAACAAACCAGCCUGUCUACUGACUAACUUAGUGAGAAGGAGCUGUGGACACCCUGGACCCUGAGCGUGGCGAUCAGGUCACCCCUGCCCUGGAGAGAUGUCUAUGUGGGGAAGUGCCCAGAGGAGGGAAGGAUAGAAGUGGAAUUACUGGGCAAAGGGCAUUCAGAUUUGGGAGAAGUAGCCCCAGAAAUAAAAGCAUCAGAGAGACGAACAGCUGUGGCCAUUGCAGAUUUGGAAUGGAGAGAAAUGGAAGGAGAUGAUUGCGAGUUCCGUUAUGGAGAUGGUACGAAUGAGGCUCAGGACAAUGAUUUUCCAACAGUGGAGAGAAGCAGGCUUCAAGAAAUGCUGUCACUUUUGGGCCUAGAGACGUACCAGGUCCAGAAGCUCAGCCUCCAGGACUCUCUGCAGAUCAGUUUUGACAGUAUGAAGAACUGGGCCCCUCAGGUUCCCAAAGACUUGCCCUGGAAUUUCCUCAGGAAGCUGCAGGCCCUCAAUGCUGAUGCCAGGAAUACCACCAUGGUGCUGGACGUGCUUCCAGAUGCCAGGCCUGUGGAGAAGGAGAGCCAGAUGGAAGAGGAGAUCAUCUACUGGGACCCAGCUGAUGACCUUGCUGCCGACAUUUAUUCGUUUUCUGAGCUGCCCACCCCUGAUACGCCAGUGAACCCCUUGGACCUUCUCUGUGCCCUGCUGCUCUCCUCAGACAGUUUCCUGCAACAAGAAAUAGCGUUGAAAAUGGCCCUCUGCCAGUUUGCACUCCCGCUCGUGUUGCCUGACUCGGAGAACCACUACCAUACAUUUCUGCUGUGGGCCAUGCGGGGCAUCAUGAGGACAUGGUGGUCCCAGCCCCCAAGGGGCGUGGGGAGCUUCCGGGAAGACAGCGUGGUCUUAUCCAGGGUGCCCGCCUUCGCCUUCGUGCGCAUGGACGUCAGUAGCAACUCCAAGUCCCAGCUUCUCAACGCCGUCCUCAGCCCGGGCCACAGGCAGUGGGACUGCUUCUGGCAUCGGGACCUCAACUUGGGCACCAAUGCCCGGGAGAUUUCGGAUGGGUUGGUAGAAAUUUCCUGGUUUUUUCCCAGCGGAAGGGAGGACUUGGACAUUUUCCCAGAACCUGUGGCCUUUCUGAACCUGAGAGGUGACAUCGGGUCUCACUGGCUGCAGUUUAAGCUCUUGACAGAAAUCUCCUCCGCUGUGUUUAUAUUGACUGACAAUAUCAGUAAGAAGGAAUACAAAUUGCUGUACUCCAUGAAGGAGUCAACCACAAAAUACUACUUCAUCCUGAGUCCCUACCGUGGGAAGCGCAACACAAACCUGAGAUUUCUGAAUAAGUUAAUUCCUGUGCUGAAAAUAGACCACUCGCAUGUCCUGGUAAAGGUCAGCAGCACUGACAGCGACAGCUUCGUGAAGAGGAUCCGGGCCAUUGUUGGGAAUGUGCUGCGGGCACCCUGCAGGCGGGUAUCUGUGGAGGACAUGGCGCACGCAGCCCGCAAGCUGGGCCUAAAGGUCGACGAGGACUGUGAGGAGUGUCAGAAAGCGAAAGACCGGAUGGAGAGGAUUACCAGGAAAAUCAAAGACUCGGAUGCCUACAGAAGGGACGAGCUGAGGCUGCAGGGGGACCCCUGGAGAAAGGCAGCCCAAGUGGAGAAGGAGUUCUGCCAGCUCCAGUGGGCCGUGGACCCCCCUGAGAAGCACAGGGCUGAGCUGAGGCGGCGGCUGCUAGAACUUCGAAUGCAGCAGAAUGGCCACGAUCCCUCCUUGGGGGUGCAGGAGUUCAUCUCGGGGAUCAGCAGCCCCUCCUUGAGUGAGAAGCAGUACUUCCUGAGGUGGAUGGAGUGGGGCCUGGCACGGGUGGCCCAGCUGCGACUGAGACAGCCUCCGGAGACACUUCUCACCCUGAGACCAAAGCACGGGGGCACCACAGACUUGGGGGAGCCACUCUGGCCUGAGCCCCUAGGGGUGGAACACUUCUUGCGGGAGAUGGGACAGUUUUAUGAGGCCGAGAGCUGUCUUGUGGAGGCGGGGAGGCUGCCGGCAGGCCAGAGGCGUUUUGCCCACUUCCCAGGCUUGGCCUCGGAGCUGCUGCUGACAGGGCUGCCUCUGGAGCUAAUCGAUGGGAGCACCCUGAGCAUGCCCGUCCGCUGGGUCACGGGGCUCCUGAAGGAGCUGCACGUCCGACUGGAGAGACGGUCAAGGCUGGUGGUUCUGUCAACCGUCGGGGUGCCAGGCACGGGCAAGUCUACACUCCUCAACACUAUGUUUGGGCUGCGGUUUGCCACAGGGAAGAGCUGCAGUCCUCGAGGGGCCUUCAUGCAGCUCAUCACAGUGGCCGAGGGCUUCAGCCAGGACCUGGGCUGUGACCACAUCCUGGUGAUAGACUCCGGGGGCUUGAUAGGUGGGGCCUUGACGUCAGCUGGGGACAGGUUUGAGCUGGAGGCUUCCUUGGCCACUCUGCUCAUGGGACUGAGCAAUGUCACCGUGAUCAGCCUAGCUGAAACCAAGGACAUUCCAGCAGCUAUUCUGCAUGCAUUUCUGAGGUUAGAAAAAACGGGGCACAUGCCCAACUACCAGUUUGUAUACCAGAACCUUCAUGAUGUAUCUGUUCCCGGCCCCAGGCCCAGAGACAAGAGACAGCUCCUAGAUCCACCUGGUGACCUGAGCAGGGCUGCAGCCCAGAUGGAGAAACAGGGCGACGGCUUCCGGGCACUGGCAGGCCUGGCCUUCUGCGACCCUGAGAAGCAGCACAUCUGGCACAUCCCUGGCCUGUGGCACGGAGCACCUCCCAUGGCGGCAGUGAGCUUGGCCUACAGCGAAGCCAUAUUUGAAUUGAAGAGAUGCCUACUCGAAAACAUCAGGAACGGCCUGUCGAACCAAAACAAAAACAUCCAGCAGCUCAUUGAGCUGGUGAGACGGCUGUGAGUGUGCAGAGAAACCCAGUUCAGGUGUAGGAGGCUGCUGUGGGCAGCCCUGUCUGAUGGGGCACCCGUGUGGGGCUGUGCCCUGGUGCCUGAGAAUGGCUGGUGCCCAAUCGACAUGAGAAGACAAGCAAAAGACAGAGGGUUUGGAGUCUCCUCAACAGUGUUAAGAGAGGAAGUGACCUCACAGACCAGCUCAGAGAUGUUACCAGGAAUAUCACAGCCCCCAGGGUAGGGAGACAAGCAGCAGUUUGUUCUGUCUCAGCUCCUGUCAAGGAUCCUGCGGGGUGGGCCCUCUGUAUAGCUGCUCUCUGUCACUGGCCCCUGGAGUGGGAGCAGCGUCCUCAGUCACUGCAGGCCCAGGCCGGCAGGUGGUCCCAGGACAGAGAUGGGGAAGUUGUCCUGAGGAAGCAGAAGUAGGCCUUGCUCCCGCCCAACCCAAGGGCCUCCAGUGGACCAGCAUUCGAGAUGUGAGUGCCCGUGGUGUGCAAGGCACUCCCAUGGCACCAUAUUUAUUGACUGAUCUGUGAAGGCUUCCCUGACCCCUGCCCAGGAAGAGUUCAUUGGUCGCUCUGUUGUGCCCCCACAGCACUUUGUUAUACCUCUGCCACACACUUCACGCAGCGCGUUGUAACUCAUGUGUUUACAUAUCUGUCCCCCAGACUGAGCUCCUUGAGGGCAGGGACUGUACAUUCUCCAGCUCUGUGUCCCCAGGGCCUGGCACAUUGUAGACGCUUAAUAAAUGUCUGUUGAAUGAA